AUCAAAGAGUCUCAGUUCAUUAAAUAUGUUCAAGGCUUCCAAUAAACGCCGUUAUAACAAUUUUAUUAUUAUUACUAUUAUUAGUGGUCGUGGUAAAACCAAAUAAACGACGUAUUCAAUGAUUGCACAUCAAAUUAAUCUUCUCAUAUUGACAAUACCACAAUUAUCGUGGAAAAUAUUGAAUAAACGGCUUAUCACCACAGAAUCAUACACAAAAGUUGCGAAUGUCGGAAUCGGACGAACACCGUCGACUCCGAGAAGCUCAUCUGAAUAUUGAAGAUUAUGUAAAGCUGUGAGAAAUUAACAGACGGUUUUGUGGACAAAUCAGUGACUUCAGUACUAAAAAUGGGACCUUUGAUUGGUGCUAUCGACGAGGGUACAUCCAGUGCAAGGUUCAUUCUAUUCAAGGCUGGCACUACAGAGGUUGUGGCCUCCCAUCAGCAAUCCCUUUCCCAAAUAUGCCCUCAAGAGGGAUGGGUGGAACAGGAUCCGAUGGAAAUCCUGAGCGUCGUCAAUACUUGCAUCGAAAAAACUAUAGAUAAAUUGAUUUCUAUUGGUGGAAGUGUCAAUGAUAUUGCAGCAGUAGGUGUAACAAACCAACGUGAAUCCACGUUGGUUUGGGAAAAGUCCACUGGAAAACCCCUAUACAAUUCCAUCGUGUGGUUGGACGUCCGCACUUCGACCACAGUGGAUCAGCUGCUCGAAAAAAUCCCGAACAAAACCAAGAACAAAAAUUACUUGAAACCGCUUUGCGGUUUACCGAUCUCGCCUUAUUUCAGCGCCUUGAAAUUGCGCUGGCUCAUAGACAAUGUGCAAAACGUAAAAAAAGCAAUCGCUGCUAAUGAUUGUCUUUUUGGUACUGUUGAUUCCUGGCUGAUAUGGAACCUCACUGGAGGCGUAAAUAAUGGGCUGCACCUUACGGACGUCACCAACGCAUCCAGGACGAUGCUGAUGAACAUCGACACACUAAAAUGGGAUCCAGUUUUGCUGCAUUUCUUCGAAGUAACACCCAGCGUACUUCCGAAAAUCAAAUCCAGUUCCGAAGUUUAUGGGAACAUCGAAACGGGUUCUUUGCGAGGAGUUCCGAUUGCUGGAUGUGUUGGCGAUCAGCAAAGUGCGUUGCUUGGACAGCAAUGUUUGGAAAGAGGCCAAGCAAAAGCCACUUACGGGACAGGUUGCUUUUUACUUUACAAUACUGGUACCAUCAAAGUGAGCAGCUCUCAUGGACUUAUCACUACAGUGGCUUAUCAGUUAGGACCAAAAUCACCGCCGAUAUACGCUUUGGAAGGCUCGGUAGCCAUUGCGGGGGCAGCAUUGAACUGGCUAAGAGACAACAUGACUGUAUUGCCUUCCUUCGGCGAGGCGCAAAAAAUAGCUGAAGAAGCCGAACUACAAGAAUCUGGGGAAGUCUAUUUUGUACCAGCGUUUAGUGGCUUAUAUGCUCCUUACUGGCAACAAGAAGCUAGAGGGGUUAUUAUAGGUAUAUCAGAGGACACUCAAGCUUGCCAUAUUGUAAGAGCAACUUUAGAUGCCGUAUGCUUCCAAACGCGAGAUAUUUUGGAAGCAAUGAUUAAAGAUUAUGGAUCUCAUCUAGCUAGUAUUCAGGUGGAUGGUGGAAUGACUGCCAAUUCUCUUCUGAUGCAAUUGCAAGCCGAUCUUGCAGGUGUUACAGUGGCAAAAGCUUCCAUGGCGGAAAGUACAGCUUUAGGGGCUGCCAUGGUGGCAGGAGCUGCAAUUGGCUUGUGGGAUUUGAGCCAACAUCUGGAGAUCGCGUGUGAAAUAUGGACUCCAAAACUUAGCGACGAUGAGCGCGAUAUAAGAUACUCCAAAUGGAAAUUAGCCGUGGAAAAGGCCAUGGGUUGGGAUGUUUUGUGAUCGUUAAAAACGCCGUUUGAUCCGAACAUUCCCAAAGAUCUUUAUGUGGUUUUUCCAUAAGAAACAUGUACCUACUGGUGUUAAAUCAUUAAGUAAUAAACGGUUAUCUCUGUAUUGUUCCUGAACAGGGCUUUAAAAAAAAUGUUUCCAUGAUCCCAGUUUAAGUUCUUACUUACACACCAUAUUGGCUGUAGUCAUAUAUGAUCCUAAUUUAACCAGAAAUAAAAAUAGAAAAAGAGAACAAAAAAUGUUUAAAAGAACCUACAUAAGCACGUUGAUGAACGCAGAAUAUUUAAAACUAAAUUUUUCAGCGACUGAAUAUUAUUUAUUUCUGAUUUAUGUAAAAAAUCUAUCUAGCUUUAACCGCAUUUUUAUUCAUCCUUUGAUUUGAAUGUGAAAAAUUCAAUCGGCAAUUCCUGCAAAUUUAACAAUUCUAGGAUUUUUAAUAAAAAGGUGAUUCUUCAACUACCUGUAACCUCGUUUCAUUCAACAUUAUAAACUGUUACACCUCUUUGUAUAAUUAAUGAUAAGACGGAGAUAAUGCGGAUACAUCUCUCAGAUGGUUAACAUCUUACAGUAUUCGUUUUUGCUGUUAAUUUGCAUACGUAGUAGUUGAUAUUUUUCGUUAAUACAUUGAAAACAUCAUGAAAAAAACGGUGAAAUGUAUUUUCUUGGCUGUAAUAGUGCUUUGUGUGUUGGUGCAAGACAGCGAGGCCAGAAGAAAAAUUGUACGAGGAAGGAAGGCCGUUACAAGACAGUACCUAAGGCCUUUGGCUAUUCCAGCAUGGGCUAUAAUAGUUCUAGUGGCAAUUGGACAGCUCGUAAUUGGAGCCUUCAUAUACCUUCUGCUCAAAGUGGUGAUUUUAGACAAACCUUUGCAAGCUAGAUAUGCUCCAGCACCUUUAUCAAAUUCCGAAGAAACUCAACCAGCACAAAAGAAAUUUGUUCUUAGCGGAUUUAUUUAGAUUAAGAAUUAAUAGUAUUAUAUCUGUUUCCAAUAACUCAGUUUUGGUUUUAUUAAAUACUCAAUACUCGGUUUAUUAAGAAACAAAGAGUUAAAUGAAUUGAUAAUUCAUAAACUCGAUAAGGAACUGUUUGUUUAUUGAUUCACAUGGAAUUUAUCUAAUUCCAAUAAUCGUCUUUUAUCGUCGAGAUAAAAUACUACAUGUAGGUGAACUUAUUGACACCUGUUUUAGUUCACAUUCAAACUUGGUUUGAAGCGAAAAUUGAAAAAUUAAAAUGUCCAUCUCCACUAAAUCAUUUUUUGUAUAUUUAGCCGUAGCUUUAGUUAUUCUAUCUGUGCUUACUCCGGACGUAGAGUGCAGAAGAAAUGUUUUGCGCGGUAGGAAAACCGUAACCAGGCGGUAUUUGCGACCAAUGGCAAUUCCAGCCUGGGCAGUAAUCGUUUUGGUAGGAUUGGGACAAUUAAUCGUCGGAGCAUUGCUUUAUGUAUUAAUGAAGAAGCUAAUAGUUGAUCCUCCCGUGCAAGGAAACUACAGUAUGGCAGCCACUGACGACGUAUAAUCAUUGCACAUGUUUUAUUAUUGUUUUCCUGUACAGGGUGGGAUAACAAAUCUAUUUGCGGGUAUAAUAGCUUAAAAUUAUUCUUACAUGUUUUAAGAAACUCAUCGUAUGCCUAUCUUUGUAAUAGAAAUGUAAUUUUUGCCACCAUUCAGCAGAGGUUAAAUUUACUGUUUUGAUUCAAAACAACCGUAAAUAUUUAUAGUAGUUAAUUUACUUUGAAACUUCUGUUAAAGCACCAGGAAUAUAUGACUGCACUGGUUUGGCAGAAACGUAAAUAA